GUCCUGACGCCAGAUACAAUUGCCCGAGGCGAAAUUGAUCUGCAUGCCGUGGCUGGUUGCCUGGGUGCAGAUUGGCAAGCACUAUACAAGGUGCUUAUGUCUGAUAAAGUGGUGGAUCUACAAAGUGAGCUGCAGCGCAUUGAAUCCUCCGCCAAGUCACAGGUUGGAUCAGGCCAAACAAAGCAAGAUUUUGAUUCAGCAGCCGCCUUCGUCUCGCUUUUACUAUGGUUCCAGGCCAUGAAGCCUUUAAAUAAGGCGACAGAUAUCCACACAAAAAUGCUGUAA